AUGCGCAUUGUCGGUGGCAUUGCGGCCACCCUGGGGCUGGCAGGCGCAGUCGCUGGAAGUCUGCACCCGCGAUCCCAAGAAACCCGCGACUUCUUUGCCCUUCACCUGGAAGAUACCACCUCGCCCUCCCAUGUCGCCCGAGCUCUUGGUGCUCGCCACGAAGGCCAGAUCGGCGAACUCGAUGGCCACCACACAUUUUCCUUACCGCGAGAACAGACUGCACAAUUCGAUAGUCUGUUGGACGAUUUACGGACCAAGAGGAAGCUCCGGCGGCGCUCUGGCAAUGACAUCGGCUCCGAAAGGACGAGUGAUGACCCCUUAGAUGGAGUGCUGUGGUCGCAUAAGCUGGCUCCGGCGAGACAACGGUUACAGAAGCGAAUUCCACCGGUGUCAGUUCCAUAUCCCUUGGUAGAAAAACAAGAAAAGAGGUCGGCGAAUGCCAAGAUCGUGGACUUCCAGAGCAAUGCUAUGUCAACUCUCGGGAUCAAGGAUCCGAUCUUCAGGGAACAAUGGCAUCUUAUCAAUACUGUGCAGCCUGGUCAUGACAUCAAUGUGACUGGAGUGUGGUUAGAUGGUAUCACUGGUGCUGGAAUUGCCACCGCGGUGGUCGAUGAUGGGCUGGAUAUGGAUAGCAAGGAUCUCAAGCCUAACUACUUUGCAGAGGGUUCAUUCGAUUUCAACGAGGGUGCCCCGGAGCCCCGUCCUAGACUAUAUGAUGAUAAGCACGGUACCCGAUGCUGCGGUGAGAUCGCAGCCGCAAAAAAUGACGCCUGUGGUGUUGGUGUUGCAUACGACAGCAAAAUCGCGGGUAUCCGCAUCUUGUCCAAGCCUAUUGACGAUGUCGAUGAAGCCGCGGCUAUCAACUACGCAUACCAGAAGAACGAUAUAUACUCCUGUUCAUGGGGUCCUCCGGAUGACGGUGCUACAAUGGAUGCACCCGGAAUCCUAAUCAAACGAGCCAUGACCAACGGUGUCCAAAAGGGCAGAGAUGGAAAGGGCUCGGUCUUCGUCUUUGCUGCUGGUAACGGUGCCCAAUUCGGUGAUAACUGCAACUUUGAUGGCUACACCAACAGCAUUUACAGUAUCACCGUUGGCGCUAUUGAUCGUGAAGGCAACCACCCUACCUACUCCGAGUCAUGCUCUGCUCAACUUGUUGUCGCAUACAGUAGUGGUUCAGGCGAUGCCAUUCAUACCACCGACGUCGGUUCCAACAAGUGCUACAACGGACAUGGUGGUACCUCCGCAGCCGGUCCGCUCGCUGCAGGCAGCGUAGCUCUUGCGCUCAGCGCACGUCCUGAGCUGACUUGGCGUGAUUUGCAGUAUCUGAUGGUCGAGACCGCAGUUCCUGUGAGCGAGGAUGAUAACAGCUGGCAGAAGCUGCCAUCUGGUCGCAAGUUCAGCCACGACUGGGGAUUCGGCAAGGUCGAUACUUACAGCUUGGUGGAGCGUGCUCGUACCUGGGAACUUGUGAAGCCACAGGCGUGGUUUAACUCGCCAUGGCUGCGUGUCCACCAUGAAAUCCCUCAAGGCGACAAGGGUCUUCUCAGUCGUUACACCGUGACCGCGGAGCAAGUCAAGGCCGCUAAUAUGGCUCAACUGGAGCAUGUCACCGUUACCAUGAAUGUCAACCACACGCGCCGCGGUGAUAUUAGCGUUGAGCUGCGCAGCCCAGCUGGUAUUGUCAGUUACCUGAGUGUUGCUCGCGCACAAGAUGAGCACCCGGGCGGUUAUGAGGAUUGGACUUUCAUGUCUGUUGCUCACUGGGGUGAAUCUGCUAUAGGUGAAUGGUCAGUGAUUGUGAAAGACGCCAAAGUGAAUGACUUUUCUGGUUCAUUCAUUGAUUGGCGACUCAACCUCUGGGGUGAGGCCAUCGAUGGAGCGAAGCAACAGCUACAUCCUCUACCCGACGAGCACGACGACGAUCAUCCUUACGAGGAUGCUCAUGUUGCUACGACCACUGUUGAGGCAGCGCCAACAAAGACUGAAACGCCUACCAACCUGGAUGAUCACCACGACAGGCCCGUGAAUUCGAAGCCGCAAGAAACAGGCACAGGGUCGAUUCCAGAGCCCGUUGAGGAUGAAAAGGAACCCACUACUACUGGGAAACCCGCCUCUCCAACCUCGACCUCAUCUUCUAAUUACUUAUCCUCCUAUCUGCCUACUUUUGGUGCCUCCAAGCGCACUCAGAUCUGGAUCUACGCCUCUUUGGCCAUGAUCAUCGUCUUCUUCAUUGGACUUGGUGUCUACUUCCAGCUCCAGCGAAUCAAGCGUCGUCGCACCACUGCCCACGACGACUACGAGUUCGAAAUGAUUGAGGAUGAGGAUGAGACGCAACCUAUGACUGGAUCAUAUGGUCGGACACAGCGUCGUGGCGGUGAGCUUUAUAAUGCAUUUGCGGGCGAAAGUGAUGAGGAAAUGUUCAGUGAUGAUGAUGAGUCGUAUCGCGAUCGCCUGGCCAAUACCUCUGAGAAGGAUGGCGAAGACGAGCCUCUCCAUGGCCGUGAAAAGCCCUGA